UAUUGUUACGUCAAGUGUCCCACAUCUCAUGGAAAAAUAUGGUUGAACACUUUACAAGUGAGAGGAUAAACCUAACACGUUUUAGGUUAAAAUGUAGUGUCCAGUCCAACUCAGUUGUAUGAUUGUUCAAGACUAAUUUGAUGAUGCUCGGAACCCACCCAACAAUUAGUUCCUUUGGUAGAUGGUAUACAUAUAUCUUCAUUGUGUUUAUUUGUAGUGACAUGUGAUAGCAUUUUGGAGUAAUAAGUUGAAAAAUGUAUCUGGUGGAGAGCAAGGGUGGUGCCAUAGUAUGCAUGUUGUUUAGCCUGUUCUUUUUGGGGACAUGGCCUGCUGUGAUGAAUCUAUUGGAAAGGAGAGGUCGUCUUCCUCAACACACCUAUCUUGACUACACCAUUGCUAAUUUCUUGGCUGCUGUUAUCAUUGCUUUCACCUUUGGUCAAAUAGGCACUGAUGACCCAAACUUCUUGUCUCAACUUUCUCAGGAUAACUUGCCUUCUGUUCUAUUUGCAAUGGCUGGUGGGGUUGUCCUCAGCAUUGGAAAUGUGUCCGGUCAAUAUGUUUGGGCUUUUGUUGGUUUAUCAGUUGCUGGAGUUAUCACAUCAAGCAUAAUUGUUAUUAUAGGAACAGUCUUGAAUUACUUUUUGGAUGACAAAAUCAAUAAAGCUGAGAUUCUUUUUCCAGGAGUUGGUUGCUUUUUUGUUGCAGUUUGCCUUGGCUAUUUUCUUCAUUCUUCAAAUAUUGCUGAUAAUCAGGCUAAGCUCAAGGAUUUUGCAAACAAAGAUGUAGCACAGGGAACUAGUUUAUCCACUUUGAAAGAAGCAAGUCAUGAAGUUGAUUCAAAGGAUCUAGAGAAUGGAAGUGAUCCUACAUGCAAAGUUAAAGUUGGAACUGCAGUUUUUCUCAUAGAACUUGAGAAAAGAAGAUCCAUAAAGGUGUUUGAAAAGAGCACAUUCAUUGGAUUGGCUAUAACUUUCUUUGCAGGAAUUUCCUUCUCCCUAUUCUCACCAGCAUUCAAUUUGGCAACAAAUGACCAAUGGCACACUUUAAAGAAAGGGGUUCCUCAUUUGAGUGUUUAUACUGCCUUCUUUUAUUUUUCAGUCUCUUGUUUUGUUGUUGCCAUCAUUCUAAGCAUCACCUUCCUUUACCACCCUAUCUUGAACUUACCAAAGUCAUCAUUGAAAGCUUAUUUGGGAGAUUGGAAUGGAAGAGGUUGGGCAUUGUUGGCUGGUCUGCUUUGUGGAUUUGGGAAUGGCCUUCAAUUUAUGGGAGGUCAAGCUGCAGGAUAUGCAGCAGCAGAUGCUGUUCAAGCCCUUCCACUUGUGAGCACUUUUUGGGGCGUUGUUUUGUUUGGAGAAUAUAGAAAAUCAUCAAGGAGAACAUAUAUAUUGCUUGGGAGCAUGUUGCUAAUGUUCAUUGCAGCGGUUGCUGUGCUCAUGGCAUCAUCUGGACACCGAAAAUUAUCAUGAAAAUUUAAGAAAAAAGUGCAUAAAAAUUUGAAAGGUUUGUAAAAACUUGUUCAGGGUUGCUCAAAAAUAAACUUGUAAGAUAGUUUGUUAGUGUUAAACCACUACAACAUAAUUAUGAACUAGUAACACUCGAAAAUGGUAACUAAAUCAAGGAAAAUGUUACUAAUUAGAUUUAGUAACAUUUGAAUAAUUGUUAGGUAAAGUCCAGGUUACUAAAGAGUUUUAGUUACAUUUUAUAGUAUUAUAUGUAAUAAUCAAAAAGUGUUGCAAAAUGUUACAUUAUUGUAACACUUUUUGU